UUCCCAAAUGGCACUUCAUAAUUCUUCAGACGACCUACGACGACGUGAUCACCGUCAUCGGCUGGAGAGAAGGGAACAGCCUUGUGGUUCACCGUGGUCGAUCUUGUCGCCGCCGGUGAAUCAAUCAAGUUUUGUUGUUCCUUUUUCUCUGCAAUAAUAAAAUUCAAUUCCUUCAAUUCAAUAAUUCUUCCACCAUCAUGUCUGGAUUCAAUCAUCAUCAUCUUCUUCUUCGUCUUCUGGUUGUGGUGGGCUUGUUUUCGUCUUUUUCUCAGUCAUUUAGGUUCGAGCUUCAACUAGGUCGCACCAAAUGCAUCACCGAAGACAUAACCAGCAAUUCUAUGACUGUCGGAAAAUACCACGUUGUCCCUAUCAAACUGGGUCUUCCUCCCCCUGAUUCCCACAGAGUCAACGUUCGGGUGACAUCAAUGCUUGGGAAACACUAUCAUUCGGCGGACCUAGUAAUAUCUGGAGAAUUCGCGUUCAUGGGAAUGAAUUCUGGAGAUUACGUGACAUGUUUCUGGACAAAUGCUCUUCACCAUAACUUGACCGUUGAUUUCGAUUGGAAGAUUGGUGUCGUGACCAAGGGUUGGUCUGAGGUUCUUAAGAAAGGUCAAAUUGAUUUAUUGGAGAUAGAGCUGUGGAAGCUACAAGGAACUGUUUCUUCCAUUCGUAACGAGAUGCAUUAUCUUCGUUCAAGAGAGAAGGAAAUGCAGGAGUUCAACAUAUCCACCAACGAUGGAAUGUUAUGGUUCAGCUCACUUUCACUUCUUAUCUGCUUAUCCGUAGUGGGAAUGCAAGUCUGGCACUUGAAAACCUACUUUGAGAGAAAGAAAAUCCUAUAAUUUAUUUUUAAUUUUUUUUGUCACAUUUAUUCUUUACCUUUUUUUUUUUUAACCCUCAGAGCUGCCGUAGAAUAUGUAACAGCUUUAUUCCAGUCAGCACAGGCUGUGCUAUGUAAAUUGUAGAGCUUGCAAAUAAUCAUUAUCUUUCAUUUCCUUCAA